AUGUCUUCUACAACUCCAGAACCCAGAUAUUGUACCAUAUAUCUCCGUCCCGAACAAUCCGAAUAACAAUCCGCUUAAGAAAUAAAAACUUUAUUACAAAGUAAGCAAAUCGAAGACAAGAUACGUGGUUUAAAACAUUUAAUAUACAAUAUAUCAAACGACGAUAACUUCGACCGAAUGACUAUGACUGUAAUAAACACUCUAACUCCUUUACAAACAGACAACCAUAACUUGAAAAAGAUUCUUCUUUUUUACUGGGAAGUAAUAGAGAAAUUAAAUAAAGAAGGUAAACUAAAAGACGAGAUGUUUUUAGUCUGUAAUUCAUUAAGAAGUGAUUUAUUACAUCCAAACGAGUAUUUAAGAGGCCGUACAUUAAGACUAGUAUCUCGAAUAAUGCACAAAGGAAUUUUAGAACCUUUAAUAUCUUCUAUAAUGGAAGGAUUAAAUCACAAACACACAUAUGUCCGAAAAAAUGCAAUAGUGGCCAUAUAUUAGAUUUUUUUGCAUUUCGGUGAUGAACUAAUUAGUGAUAUUGACUCUGAAAUGGAGAAAGUGCUAAAUAACGAAAACGAUUUAUCUACUAAAAGAAAUGCAUUUUUAUUACUUUUCCAUACUAAUUAAUAAAAAGCUAUGGAUUAUCUAUAUUAGUAAAUCCUAGAUGAUAGAGUUGAUGAUAUGGGAGAUAUUAUGUAACUCUCAGUUCUUGAAUUAUUCAGAAAAACUUGCAAAUAAGAUCCUACUUAAAAAUAAAGACUAAUGAAAGCUAUUCUUUACUUUUAAAAAUCAAAAAGUCCUUCAGUGUAAUUUGAAUGUGCAAAUACAUUAACUUAAUUAUCUAACUCGCCAAAUACACUAAAACUUGCAACUUCUAUAUAUGUGUAGAUUUUACUUAAUAAUACUGAAAAUAAUGUUAAAAUGGUUAUUUUGGAUAAGCUAAUGUCUAUUUUAGCGAUUGAACCAAAGUUUUUGGAAGAAUAACUUGUCGAUAUUACUAAAAUAUUGAACACUUAAUCAUUUUAAAUUAGAAAAAAAACAAUUGAAAUUAUACAAGUUUUAUUAAAUGCGAAAAAUAUUACAAUAAUUUUCCCUAAAAUUUCAAAGGAAGUUAAAAAAGCCUAAUAAGAGGAAAAUAAAGAGUAUAUAAAAUUAUUACUUGAUUUCGUUGAAUAUUCUGUAAACAAUUUCGAAUAAGUAGUUGAUGAAGCCAUGAAUUUAAUAAACGAAUAAUUUCUUACAAGUUCCAAAGCUUCAUAAAAAAAUCAAGACUAAAUCAAAAAUAUCCUAAAUUCUUUAAUUAUAAAUUACCCGCAAUGCCGUGAAAAAUUAAUAUCGAAGAUAUUGGAAAAAUUCUAUGAUAUAAAAAGUCUAUAUAUAUUUAAAGGAGUUCUUUGGAUUUUAGGUGAAUAUGCCACAGAAGAUAGUACAGAAUUAAGUUUAUAAGAAAUAAUUAGAUCAGUAGGUACUUUACCAAUAGAAUAUAUUGGUAAAACUACAGAAGAGGAGAAAAAUAAUAAAGAUAAUAAUAAUACAGUUAAUUAAGCAAAAGAGAGCACAACUACAUAAAAAAAAUAUAAAACAGUGAUUUUAGCUGAUGGUACUUAUGGUACUGAACUUUAGUUAAAUUUUGUUAAUUUUAUGCUCUUUAUUAAGACUUUAUACUAAAAAUUAAACUAUAUAUGA